GGUGAUAAACUUGUGGAGUCCCCGUGUGCAUUAACUCUCACCAGAGCUCAUCCUGCAAAGCACCUUCUUACAGGCUGGGGGGACCUGAUCCUCUGGACUAUGUUAGCAUGUACAGAAACCUGGGAAACCCAGCGCUGAAUGUUCCUGAGCACUGGCACUACGUCAGCUUUGGUUUAAGUGACCUGUAUGGAGACAACAGAGUGCAUGAGUUUACAGGAACAGAUGGACCAAGUGGUUUUGGAUUUGAGUUGACGUUUCGGCUAAAGAGAGAAACCGGGGAGUCUGCACCACCUACCUGGCCAGCAGAAUUAAUGCAAGGUUUAGCAAGAUACGUCUUCCAGUCAGAAAACACCUUCUGCAGCGGUGACCAUGUAUCGUGGCACAGCCCUUUGGACAACAGUGAGUCUAGAAUCCAGCAUAUGUUACUGACAGAAGACCCUCAGAUGCAGCCGGUGCAGACUCCUUUUGGGGUUGUUACUUUCCUACAGAUUGUUGGAGUUUGCACUGAGGAACUGCAUGCGGCUCAGCAGUGGAACGGGCAAGGCAUCUUGGAACUGCUUCGGACUGUCCCAGUAGCUGGAGGCCCCUGGUUGAUAACAGAUAUGCGAAGAGGAGAGACAAUAUUUGAGAUUGAUCCACAUCUGCAACAGGAGAGAGUUGACAAAGGGAUUGAGACAGAUGGCUCAAACUUGAGUGGAGUGAGUGCCAAAUGUGCCUGGGAUGAUCUCAGCCGGCCCCCGGAGGAUGAUGAAGACAGCAGGAGCAUUUGCAUUGGGACCCAGCCGCGGCGGCUCUCUGGGAAAGAUACGGAGCAAAUCAGGGAGACUUUGCGGAGAGGGCUUGAGAUAAACAGCAAACCUGUUCUACCUCCGAUAAAUGCACAAAGACAGAACGGGUUGAACCACGACCGAGCACCAAGCCGUAAGGACAGUUUAGAAAGCGAGAGCUCAGCAGCUAUCAUUCCUCAUGAGUUAAUCCGCACGAGACAGCUGGAGAGCGUACACCUGAAAUUUAACCAGGAGUCCGGAGCUCUCAUUCCCCUCUGUCUAAGGGGAAGGCUUUUACAUGGACGGCACUUUACAUAUAAAAGUAUUACAGGGGAUACAGCAAUCACGUUUGUAUCAACGGGAGUAGAAGGAGCCUUUGCUACAGAAGAGCACCCCUAUGCAGCACACGGACCUUGGUUACAAAUACUAUUGACUGAAGAGUUUGUAGAGAGAAUGCUGGAAGAUUUAGAAGAUCUGAAUUCUCCAGAGGAAUUUAAACUUCCAAAGGAGUACAGCUGGCCUGAAAAGAAACUGAAAGUUUCCAUCUUGCCAGAUGCCGUGUUCGACAACCCGCUGCAUUAGAGCUGAAUUACACCCUUCUAACAACUGGGAGAGCCAAGUUACUGUCCAUUACCCAGUGACUCACAGGAUAAUUAAUGCAGUAAAAACUCUGCCUGCAAAUAAAAGAGUUUGCUGCACAACCACUGCAAACAGAAGAGGAGCUACUCAGCACCAGCCCAGACCGAACUGAGCCCUUUCCUUUAUCCUUCCCAAGGCUGAGCUCUCUGGGAACAGCCUGCGUAUGUGUGAGUGCGAGUGAGAUAUAUUUAACUAUGAAAAUUAGUAGUAAGAAUCCUUUCUCUCUCCUAGCUACAGAACUCCCCUCUGCCUUAGCCCAGGGUGUAGACGCUCUGCACGCCUGUAUUUACACAUGCGUUUCUGCCAGGUGUGAGCCUAUAAUCCAUGGAUUAAAUGUUCUUUACGUGACUCUGGAGUCCUUUUGUUAGCCAAACUUUUACUGACUGCAGAACUGUUCUUCCAUGUGCUAUUUUUUUUUUUCUUUUCAGAAACGGAAUGGUAUUUCCCCUGUUUAAAGGAGGCCAAAAGCUCACAUGCUUGAAGCUGAACAGAUUUAAAGAUGAACUUUCUAGUUCAGUCAAGAAAAACAAACCCAGAUCCUCCCUGCCCUCAAAUUAGGCAUGUUUUAAGUGUUGGUCUUGGUGCUAUUAGCUAUGGUAUCGCUGCAAACAGAGGCAACUUUAUUCUUGCGCAUCCUGUCCUUGUGCCUGAACCCCAGGGAAGGUCACAACCUCUGGUUUUGCACAAGCAGGAGGAAGAAAGCUACCGGGGCGGGGGAGAUCUCCUGUUUACAGUGUGUUUAUCUUUAAAGAGAUACUGUCGAAUAUUUUUUCCUCGCUAUUGUACAGAAUUUGAGAAGCUAGAAAGAACCAUUUGUUCACAGGGACAACUUCAGCAGCUCUGCAGGAUCCAGAGGGCUGCUUGAAAGCAUAUGAAAUGGAGAUCUCCGCUGCCCUGGCGCAGCAGAGAGGAGGCUCAGCCUCGAUAAAGCCAGCUAUUCUCCCUGUUCCAGCAGGGUUGUGCCCUAGUGCAGCUCCAUUUUCCCCUCAGGCCUCGCUGUGGUGGCUCUUCUUGUCGCUGACGUCCCUCCUUUCAGAUAGAUUUGAACUGUAAAGCAUCAAAAUCAGUUUGAAAAGACCCUCUCUCUAGCUCCCUGCGGCUUCCUCCUUGGAGCAAACGUGGGGUGCAGAGGAGACGGGUCUCUGUAGGGUCAGGUUGUGUCUCUGCAUGGAGAUGCUGGCCCCUGUGGAUGUGCUGCAGCAAACCUCCGCAGGCUUUACCCCCUGCUGCUGUUGCAGGUUGUUUCUGAUGCGUAUUCCCCAGCCUUCCUCUGCCCAUUGUCUUUUGGUGACAACUCUUCACUCCUUGUCAGGGGAGGCACAGCUUUCCUUCCACCCCUUUCUGCCUACAAGCUAACUUGGUUGAUUUAUGCGCAAUUGCUGUGUGAUCGUAAUACAAGUAUAACAAAAGCUUUUAACACUUAACUCCCCUGAUCAAACAGCAAAGUCCAGGAGGCCUCACAGUACCCCAGGGUUGGUUUUCUGUUUGUUUUCUGAUUUAAUUUCUUCCUGGCACAGUCAGCUUUGAUGUUUUUUGCAUAUAUUUGAGGCUGGUUAAUGUUGGUCAAGAAGCAGAGCUAGGAGCCACAAAGCUUUCCUUGAACUUGCUACAGAAUUCCUCUGUGGCCUCAGGCAAGUCACUCAAUGUCUCUGUGUGCAGAGAGGGUGAUUAUUGACUAGAGGGCUGUAGGACCUACCGAAGCAUGCCAGGGUUUGCAGGGGAGGGCGUGCUUUGUGUACAAAGUAGUGUUUGUAUUAUUAUAAUUGUUGUUAUAUUAUAAUUUAAGGCAGGCCAAAUGCAGGGUCCAACACUGCUCGGCAGAACCUUCCUUUCUGCAAAGCUACGAAAGCAAUUUACAUGUAAAUGAGUUUGUCAUUUUGUCUGAACUCAGAGGAUCAUCUUAAAAUCCUGCUGUGAAAGAACAAACUUUCAGAUAGCUGCAUGUGCCAGCCAGAGUGAUUUCUGUGCGGUGGCAGCCUACAUUCAUCCGUGGGAUCUCUUGGCCAGUUUUCAUUGUCCUGGUUAGCACUAAGCGUCCUUUCUGCACCGUAGAUGUGUAUGCAGGGGACAGCGUGGGCGAGAAAACGGCAUGAGAACGUAUCAGUCCAGCUUCAAAACUGACGUGCCCAAGCGUCCCACCGCAAGAUGAUGAACAAACGGCCAACCGUGGCAGUCAGGAAGAAGGCAGGGGCAGGGACUACAGUUUUGUCCCAAAGCCAUCUGCCAACAGUAGCCCAUGGACUGCUCUUGUACGAGCUUGCUGGGGGUGCCUGCAGCAGAGCUGGCCCAUUGCCACAAUGCUGGCUGCUCUUCCUUGUUUCCAGAUGCUAGCUUUCAUUAAAAGGAGCUUAAAAUCCACAUCUUAGCGGAGAAGGGACAUUUGGAAGGUCAAUUGUUGCUGUUCCUGCAGAGAUCAGCACGGGGCAGAGAGAAGUCCAUCAGACCCUCUCUGGGCUCUGACACACAUCUGGAAAGCUUAGGACCUCCUGCCCUAUGAACUCCUUGAGCCUUCGCAGCAGGGAUGCGGUGCUGUACGCAGGGAAAGCACCUCCUCCACGCUGGCUUGUGCUCCAGUUCUGCCUUUCUUAUGUGUAUGUUUUCCUCACCAUAUUUACUCUCAUCAGACGCUCUGGGUUGGGUUUUCAUUGACUUCAGAGGGAGCACGCUGAAUGCAUUUGAAAAUCCACCCAGUAUCCUUGUGUGUGUGUGUAUUUUUGUUCCAUGUCAUGUAUUUAUAUAUAGUUCUGUGUAUUUGAGUUAUGAACAGGUGGCAUGCCAGAAAUCUCUAUUUCUGAGACACUUUCUCACAGAUCUUUGCUGGUAGCCAGAUAACAAUUGAGGGGAAGGAAAUGAAAUCUUCCUAUUUAGUUAAGGGGUAAAAUAUUAGACAAAUAACUGCUAAAAUAGAAAUGCCUUGUCUUGUUGUUAGACCAAGUAUACGAGAGAAACUGGUGAAAAUCAGCCCUUAAGCUCCAAGGUCGCGUCGCUGCCUCUCAGCAGUUAUCUAAGAAAGUUGCGUGUUCCUCAGUAUUGUGAAGAGCUGUGCACACCCCCCCUGACCUCCCCUCCCCUGAUUCACAUCAAGUUUGCAGCCGUGCCAAAGGCUUACUCAUUGGCAAGUAGAUGAGAUCUCGAGUUUGGAUAUUUUCAUCUUGGGGAAAGAGGACAUGCCUGCGUGUGAAGGAAAUGGAAAAGAAACCUUUGUAUUUUAGGGAGCAAGCAGUUUGAAAAAGGGAAACGCAUCAGUGUUAAUAAACGCCGUGGUAUUUUUCUAGCCCAAACCUGCUGAGACGGUUGGCCCACUGGUGCUGAUUUUCUCUAGAUUGUGUAGAAGGUCUGAAGGAGGAUUGUAUGAAACCAAAACCUGUGAGGCUUGUGUCAGCUAAAGAUAGCGAUCUGGGUGGAAAUGAAUGCCGUUUAGAAGCAGCGAGUACAGGUUUUCUCCCUCUCGGAGAAAUCUUGCGAUGCAGGUUGAUAGGGAUAUUUCCAAAGAUGAAGAGCCUUAUGGCACACACACAACGCCUUGAAAAUCCAACAUGUGACAGCAAUUCUGAAACAAGAGAAGUCCCAAAAGCCAGGACUGCUCUCCCUCUCAACUCGUGAUUAAAAACAGGAGAAGGAAUGUAUAGUUUCAAUAUUAAAAUAUGUGGGAUACGAUUCGAGCAGAGCAGUCUUGUAGCUGGUGUGACCUACAGUGAUAUUUUCAGUGGCUUAGAUAGGUGGUGCCUGCUGUGUGUAAUGUCUUUGAGGAUGGUGAUAUAUUGGUUUUACUGUACAUAGAUUUGCCAACAGUGAUUUGAAAUGAUAUGCUGAAGCUCUUCACUUCAAAUAAUUCAGUUGCUUUUGGAUGGCUUUUGAAAUGACACCAUCGGGUCAUCAAAUGGUCUUUGAAGAAGUGGGGGUUGUGGUGUUUUUCAUCUGCGACCAGUAGAAAUAUUUAGGGGGUGUAGCUUAAAAAAAAAAA